CUGCGGCCAUGGGGGCGUCGGCCAGGCUGCUCCGCGCCGCGAUCAUGGGGGCCCCCGGCUCGGGCAAGGGCACCGUGUCUUCGCGCAUCAUCAAGCACUUCGAGCUGAAGCACCUCUCCAGCGGGGACCUGCUCCGGGACAACAUGCUCCGGGGCACAGAGAUAGGCGUUCUGGCCAAGACUUUCAUCGACCAAGGGAAGCUCAUCCCCGAUGACGUCAUGACCCGGCUGGUCCUGCACGAGCUGAAGCAGGCGGCCCGGGGCAGCUGGCUGCUGGACGGCUUUCCAAGGACCGUGCCACAGGCUGAAGCCCUGGACAGAAUGUAUCAGCUGGACACGGUGAUUAACCUGAACGUGCCCUUCGAGGUCAUUAAGCAGCGCCUCACUGCUCGCUGGAUCCACCCGGCCAGCGGUCGUGUCUACAACAUCGAGUUCAACCCUCCCAAGACAGUGGGCGUGGACGACCUGACGGGCGAGCCUCUGGUCCAGCGCGAGGACGACAAGCCAGAGACGGUCCUCAAGAGGCUGAAGGCGUACGAGGCCCAGACGGAGCCGGUGCUGGAGUACUACCAGAGAAAAGGGGUGCUGGAGACCUUCUCCGGAACGGAAACCAACAAGAUCUGGCCCCACGUGUAUGCGUUCCUGCAAACCAAAGUGCCACAGACCAGCCAGAGAGCCUCCGUCACUCCGUGAGGAGCGCGCGGGCCCACCGGGGAGCCAGGCGGACCCUCCACGGCCCGAUGCCACCCGAGUGCACCCUGUACCCCAGGUUCCUUUCAUUGCCGCUGGCUUUCUGAGAUCCUGAAGGCUUGCCAACGGCGUCCAUGCUCGCACUCGCUGUUCCAAAUUGUCCAGUGUGGCCUCCGGCCGUCUUCUGAGAGCAUGCCCACCUAACCCGUCCGUGAAGGCUGUGCAAACCCAGAAAGUUCUUUUUAGCUCCACAUUAAAAGAGCAUUUGGUAGCCAUCUGCCUUUUCGUUCAGUGAGUGGCUGAUAAAGGUGUCCGUCCUCUUCUGGGAAAGCUGAGUGAACGUGGUCCUACUGAGCUCAUCUCUCCGAGAGGCGUUAUGCAUAGACUGAUGCCCAGAGGGAGAGCUUCCUCGCACUGGGAUUCGUCUCUCCCACAUUCCAAGCCUGCCUUUAAGAAACCUAACACGCUGGCCGAAUAUACUCCAUUUAUACUCCGAAUAUACUCUGUCACACCUGCUGUUUCCUCGAGUUUUCAAAGUCCUCUGAGAUGUGUAUCCAUCACCGCAGUCAGGCUAAUAGUACUGUAGCAACUGGCUUUCUUUUUGUGAAAUAGCAUGUAUACAGAUAGGGAGGAUUAAUGUAGAAUUGGAUAGUAUACCUUCUUGGAGAAGCAGCAGAGUGGACUGAACUUUCUCUUCAGUGGAAAUGUGAAGUUGUGCGUCUUCUCAGAGGUCACUCAAGUUCAGAAAUGUGUGAGGAUGCCCGUGUUUCUUGGUGGCCAAAAUGUCUGAUAUGCCUCGCUGCAUUAGGAAAGGAGGGAGAGGGGGAAGGAAGGACAGAGACCAGCGCAGUCGUAUUUCGUGAGCAGUGGUGGCAAUGCACUGGCUUCACAUGCCAUUACAAACUCACUCACUGCCAUCGAGUUGAUUCUGACUCAUGGGCACCCUAAGGACAGGGUAGAACUGUCUCAUUGGGCUUCCAAGACUCCGAAUCUUUGCAGGCAGAGAUGGCCUCAGCAGUCUCCCUCUGAAUGGCUGGUGGGUCUGAACCGCUGACCUUGUGGUAGCAACUGAUAAGGAACCCGCCAGAGCCCCCACGCUAUAUGUAUAAAAUGACCAGGAAACUCCAAACCCUCUACUGUCUAGUCAAUUUGGGCUCAUAGUGACGCUUAUGGGAGUAGAUAGCCUCCUGUUUCUCCCUCGGAGCGGCUGGUGGUUUCAAACCGCCCACCUUGUGGUUUGCAGCCCAUCAUGGAACCCACUGCCACCCCAGCUCCUUUUGCUGAACCAAGGCUGAACUCCUCCUCGAGGAAGUGGCUGUGGCAGCAGAACUGCAUGGCCCGCACUUUGGACGUGCUCUCAGCUAGGACUGGCCCUGGAGGACAGACGGCAUGCUUUGGUAGAGGGUCGCUGAGAGGGCAAAGUCGUGGACACAGUGACUCCAGUAAUGGGCCCCAACACGGCCACGUCGUGAGGAUGGCCCAGGGCCCGGCCGAGUUUCCCUCUGCUGUACAUACAGUCGUGACGAGCCAGGACCCACUCGCUGGCACUUAGCCAGAAGAUUCCAUGGCCAUCCCUGCAAGUGCCGCAGGAACAGCCCUGGCGGUGUAAUCCAUCCGUGCGGCACGAGGCCUUCCAGGGGCCUCGAGGACGCGAUGAGACCAGGCUUCAUCCCCAGAGGAGGAGACACACCACUACACCGUAGCCUAGUCAAUGCUUUUUAAAAACAAAAACCCAUUGCUGCCAGUCCCACCCAUAGCCCCUGGGAAGGACAAUGUAGAAACAACCCCUCUCCCCCAUAGGGUUUCCAUAGCGAUCUUACUGGAAGGUGUGAACUCCUGCCUUCCCGUUAGCCCACAGGUGCUACCACCACGAGACCCAUGUCCAAACAAGGCCUGGCCUCUGCUCUUUUCAACGUUUGAACCACUUUGUGUACAAUCGGUUCCUGUUUGGGUGGGGAAAUUGAUUUCUCUGAUUAUUCAUUCCUUGUUGAUCUUUCAAAGCGACCAAGACAGUGCGUUUCAUCUUUACAAAAUUGUUUCUAAUGCUUUACUUGAAUGUUGUGUACUUUACAAAACUGUUUUUACUAAACUCAUGAAUUACCACUGUACCCCAAGGCUAUGCGACCUGCACUCAUCUUUAUAAUAAAACGAAAUCUCCAAA